AUGAGGACAGGGUCUUCUACUUUCUCCCUAUUGCAAGCACCCAGAUGCAGCAUUAUGCGGUUUUAUCAAGAUGAAGCAUUAUGCGGUUUUAUCAAGAUUUAUGGAAAGAACUCUAGCAUCAAACUACUUGGUUCUAGAAUUUAUGUGCCUGAGAGAGGAUUCCCUACUAAGUGGAUUAAAAGACUUGUAACUACAAGAGCAGAAGGAAGUAAACAAAAUUGGAACACCAAAUCAAGAAGUACUAAGCAUGAAAGUUUUAGAGAGGAGAUUUUACCAAGUGCUACAGUGAAUGUAAACACGACAGAGCUAGAUCGGUUGCAGAAAAUUCAAUGGCCUGAAGUGCAAGAAAUUGCUCAGUAUAAAAACUUAUCUGACAUACUCACGGUUAUUGUUUUUGAUCUUGAGACCACUGGGUACAGCAGAGUAAAUGAUCGGAUCAUUGAGAUUGCACUUCGAGAUCUCCAAGGUGGUCACCACAGCACUUUCCAAACUCUUGUAAAUCCACAAUGCCAUGUUCCUAAUUCUCACAUUCAUGGAAUUGCUACUCAUAUGGUGAACCGAACUGAUGUGCCAAGGAUGGAAGAGCUGGUACCGAUCUUGUUGCAGUACAUUAGAAACCGUGAGAAACAUGGUGGAUAUGUAUUAUGGGUUGCACAUAAUGCUCGCACUUUUGAUGCACCUUUCCUCAUCCACGAGUUCAUUCGAUGUUCCAGGGAGAUUCCUCGAAAUUGGCUGCUUCUGGACACUCUUCCUCUGGCACGUGAACUGAUAAAGUCUGGAACAAACCUUUCUUCAGCGUCACUGGUUGCCCUUCGUGAGUUUUACAGAGUUGAAGUGGAUGGAUCAGCCCACAGAGCCAUGGUAGAUGUGAACACAUUGUCCCAGGUACUUCCCAUGUUGACCUCUGAUCUGAAGUUGACUUUAUCCAGCCUUGUCAAAAAAUCUUUCAAUUUCUCACAUUUGAUGAUAAGGGCUAAGAAAACGAAAAAUUCACACUAGUAACAAAAUGUCAGUGUGGAAAUGGGGCAAGAUUGAUGUAGGGAGAUAGUGGUUGAAAUGGCUGGACAUUGUGUGCAAAUGUUAACUUGGAUUUCAAAAUUCAUAGUUGUAUUGUAUACAAAGGACAAAAUGCUUUGGUUGAGUCUUGAA